AUGGGCAACACACUCUCAAUCCUUACCAACAAGACAUUUGUUGGCUAUGCCACCCUUCUUGUCGUCGUUGGCGUCAUCGGCAUCACCCAGCACAAUGCCAAGCAGGCCAAGCAGCAGAAGAUAGCUUCGCAGAAGCAGCGCGUGCAGGACUCUCGAGAGCAGCCCAAGAAGGAGAACAAGGCCAAGAGACAACGGAUGGAAAGCUUCGCUUCCGAAUCCUCCAAACAGCCUCAGCCCAAAGCCCAGACCAAGUCGUAUGCCGCGGCCACCCAGUCCAAGGCCAAGGACUACAGCUCCGACGACGGGGUUGACAACCGCGAGUUUGCCAAGCAGAUGGCACAGAACAAGAAGAACAAGUUUGCGCCCAAGGUCAACAAUGAGCAGAAGCAGAAGUCGGUCAAACAGUCCAAGGCCAAGGACAUCAGCAACGAGACACCCGCAGACAACGGCAAGGCCUCGGCCCCUUCUGCCCCGUCUUCCACAGCCGGAAUUGAUGGCGAUGACGACCAAUCCUCUGCCGCUUCCCCCAUUGUUUCUGCCGCCGACCCUACGGGCAUCUCCGACAUGCUUGAGCAGCCUACCUCAGGUCCCUCUGUUCUCCGACUGACCGACACGGCCGAGAAGCAGCAGAAGCCCAGGCAGUCCAAGUCGCCACAACCCACAGAGACCAAGAAGCAGAGGCAGAACCGCCAGAAGGUCGAGAGGGCCAAGGCUCAGCGCGAGGAGGAUGAGAAGGCCCGCAAGACCCUGAUGGAGGCCCAGCGACGCACAGCCAGGGAGGCCGAGGGCAGAGCCGCCAAGGAUGGCUCGACAUUCACGGCUGCGCCGAAGUCCUCUGCAUGGACCGGGAACCAAGUCAACGACAAGUCUAGCCAGGCUGCUGCCCCAGCAUCUGUGCAACCGCUGGACACGUUCGACAACACUCCGAAGGCCAGUGCCGCCACUCCGGCAGCCCCCGCGCAAAAGAAGGAGAACGCCAAGCAGAACGGCGGCAAGACGAGUUGGGCAGACAUUCCUUACUCCGAGGAGGAGCAGCUGGAGAUGCUGAAGAAGGAGUCUGAGGAGUGGGUCCCCGUCUCCAAGUCUCGCAAGAAGAAGGCCAAGAACACGAAUGCCGUCAGCGAGACCGAUGAGUCCGCCGCGGAGAACCACGCAGCGCAAGCCGGUAACAAGCCUGCCUCCAAGGCGACUGACAUCAAAGGUCGGCCCAAGCCGCAGACCUUACCUUCACAGUCGUCUUUCGCUGCACUGUCUGAUGACGGUGCCAAUCUUGCUGAAGAGCAGGAGCAGGAGUGGGAUGUGUGA